UAUAGAAUUUUUAGUAUUAAAUUAAACGUCAGCAACGCUGGAGCAUAAUUUCCAUUAUAGAAUAAACAUACAAAGUCCAGUCUGAAAAUAAAACGCAUAUUUAGUAUGUCACUGUAAAAUAUAAAUUGCAAAUUUUUAUUUUGCGCUGCAUUUAAUGUAAAGAUUAAGCGAAAGUGAUAAAAAAUUAUUUGCAAAUUUUAUGAAAAGAAAAAAAAAAUUUGUUCAUUUUGUGUAAAAAAAAGAAAAAUCAUUAAUUAUAUAUAAAAAAAAUUAUAAAAAUCUCUAUAUAUAAUUCUGUGCCAAAAGUGUCGCGUGCGUUUAGUUGUGGAAAAAUGUUUUGAUACCAGCAUAAACGUUUAGUGUUUUUACAAAUAUUCGAAUUUUGUCAUACAACUGUUGGUGUUAAAAGCUUUCAAAUGCAUUCCACGACAUGUGGUAUUGGUGCCAGCACCAGUACUAGUAACUCAUCUUCAGCAGCCAUGCAAUCAGCUGAUGGCUUAAAAAUGGGACUCAGCAAUAAUGAUGAUGCUAUGAAUAAAAUUCCUUUAAAAUCAGUGACAGAUGAUGAGGAGAAAAAUGGCGGUGAAUUUAUACAUGACACAGCAACAGCUGAAGAAGCGAGGAGGGAACAAAGGAGAGUGAAAUUAUUAAAUUUAAUGAAAAAAUUAACAAUAGGCAUCAUAUGUUUUAUUGGCAUCGCCCUAAUCAGUUAUGUUAUCAUCAGCUUAUGUUUUAGUGAAUGGCCAAAAUCAACAAGCACAAAUCCCCACAAAUUUCACAACAACAACAAAAAUUCCAAUACAACAACAACAGUGUUAGCAAACACUAGUACUAGUACAACAACAACUACUACUACUACUCCAAUAAUCAACACCUCCACCUCAGCUACCUCCAAUACAGCAACAAUACCAAUAAUAACUCCUUCCAAUAACCCCACACAACCACAACCUUUAUCGCCCUUUGCUAGUCCCAUACUAAGUUUACCCUCCACAUUUAAAUCUUCUCUUUUGUCAGAUGAUAACACUACAUCAACAGCUACAUCCGCAAAUAAUACACUAACAAAUGAAACACUUGCUGCUUCAAUAGUGGGCACAACACAAGCCGAUUCAGUUGCAGCUGCUGCUGAUGACAUUGCCACUUUAAAUGUUACCCAACCCACCGAUGUGGCAGCAUCAGCAACAGGUAAUGAUGCAGUAACAAAAGCCUCUCUAGAUGCUGCAGCUACCGUAGCUUCACCAGCCAUAACCACCGUCACCACGGAGGUUCCUUUACUCAGGGAUAUACCCAUUUUGGAGGAAAAUUUCACCUCAACAUUGGGUGUUUUCCAACAUGCUGCCGUGUGUUCAGACAAACCUCUUUGCAGUAAAAUUGGCAGGUGAGUGAAAA